AUCAUAUUUAGCACGAAAAAUCAAAAUGUAUAAAGAGAUGGGAGAAGUUAAAGAAUUUACUCACAAGCCAAACAUUGGCAAUAGAAGAGUGUUUACUUCUGAACAAGAAACUGAAUUAGCUUCUUAUUUAGUUAAAGCUGCAAAAAUUAGUCAUGGAUUAACUGCUGUGCAAACCAGGACACUUGCUUAUGAAUAUGCUUUGCUUAUAGAAUCGCCACUGAUUCCGGAUGUUUGGAAAAGCACAAAGCAAGCUGGCUAUGACUGGCUGAAGGGAUUUAUGAAACGAAGUGGGGAUCUCUCUCUCCGUACUCCUGAGCCAACUAGUCUGUCCCGAGCAACAAGUUUCAAUGCUUUAAAUGUCAGAAUAUUCUAUGAGAAACUUGCAGAAGUAAUGAAUCGCUACAAAUUUACAGCAGACAGGAUUUAUAAUGCUGACGAAACCGGGAUUACAACUGUACAUAAACCACCCAAAACUAUUGCAAAACGUGGUCAAAAGCAGGUUUCACAAAUAACAUCAGGCGAAAGGGGUCAACUCGUUACUAUGUUAUGUAUUGUAAAUGCCAUAGGAAAUACUUUGCCACCUGUAUUUAUUUUUCCAAGAACCAAUUACAAGGAAUUUAUGCUUCAUGGUGCACCUCCACAGAGCCUUGGAUUGGCGUAUAAGACUGGAUGGAUGACAUGUGAUAACUUUCUUGCAGCUCUUAAACACCUUGCCAAAUAUUCUUUCUGUACCCUAGAUAAUCCAAUAUUGUUACUAAUAGACAAUAGUGAAACACAUAUAAGUGUCGAAAUCAUAAAGUUUUCCAAGGAAAAUGGCAUAGUAAUUUUGACAUUUACUCCUCAUUGUAGCCACAGAAUGCAGCCACUCGAUGUUUCUGUCUUUGGCCCAUUUAAAGGUAGAUACAAUGCUGCUGCCAAUAACUGGAUGAUAACAAACCCUGGCAAAACCAUAACCAUUUAUAAUGUGGCCGAACUUGCAGGCAUUGCAUUUUCUUUGGCCUUCACAAGAUCGAACAUUCAGUCCGGUUUUCAUAAAAGUGGCAUUUAUCCUUUUAAUAAAGAAAUCUUUACUGAGGAGGAUUUUUUGAGUGCCUACGUUACAGACAGACCAAACCCAAUAAUAGCCCCAGAAACUUCUCCCAGCCAAAAUGAUGUAUCGCAACCUGGUACAUCAAAAGAAGUCGAGAAACCAUUAUUGGAUUUAGCAGUGCCAGUCCCGUCUUCUAAUGAUACAAAGCAUCUCUCUAUAGAAGUGAUCCGACCUUAUCCUAAGGCUGCACCAAGAAAGGCAUGUAGAGGUCGAAAAAAGG